GCCCUAGAGACUCGGAACCAACGGCCCCUUUUCUAUUUCUACCGGAAGUCAGAGCUGUGUGUGUCACUUUCUCUUUUUUCAAUCGUUGCACAGCGCCAGGCGGGAAGAGGAAAGGAGGCGUGGCUUUGGUUGCUUAGGAGCCGCUUGGUGGCGGCGUGGUUACUUGGGCCGUUCCUUUGUUUGGGGAAGCAACUGCUUAGCUGACGUAGUGCUCGUUGUUAGACAAGAAGAGGAGGAGGAGGCGGCUGUUACCAUGCUUACUGGACUGGCUCCUAGAUCCAAAGAAAAUUUGUCAAGGCUUGCUCUACCCUAUCUUUGGCUCUUGAUCUCCUUCGUAUACCUCCUGCCGCCCCCAACUUGUGUCCUUCAUUCUGGCAAUGAAAUGUUGGCAACCCUACAACCUGCUCCUGCUUGUGGACUUCUCAGCUGGAAUACAUCUCUUCUUAGUCAGAGACUGUUCAUGGAAGGAUGCAAACAUAACCCAUUCCAAGAUGAUGCCAGUCCCACAGUCAGUCUGGAAAAAUCCUGGGAAAGAUGCACACGGCAGGAGAGUCAGGAUGAAAGAUUUGCUUUCAUUGCUGAGUGGUAUGAUCCAAAUGCUGCACUUUUUCGACGUUAUGAACUUUUGUAUUACCCCAAAGAUGGAUCCGUUGAGAUGUAUGAUAUGAAGAACCGCUGCAAGUUCUUGAAUCGCACAAAAUAUGAAGAUCUCCACUUUAAAGAUUUAUUUGUGGGCAACAAAAUUACUGUCUUCUCACGACACCUUAAUUUGGUUGACUAUGGAGAUCAGUACACCUCCCGCAUGUUGGGCAGUUGCAAAGAAAGAACCUUGGCUUUAUUAAAACCUGACACAGCACUCAAGCUUGGAGAAAUCAUUGAUAUGAUUAUUAAUGCUGGUUUUACAAUAACUAAAGCCAAAAUGAUGACGCUUUCAAGGAAAGAAGCAAUGGAUUUGUAUGCAGACCAUCUAGCAAAGCCUUACUAUAAUGAGCUUCUUGAGUUUAUUGUAAGUGGCCCAGUUGUUGCCAUGGAGAUCUUGGGAGAUGAUGCCAUAUCUAGAUGGAAAACCUUUUUAGGACCGGCAAACUCUGCUGUUGCCCGAACUGAUGCUCCAGGCAGCAUUAGGGCAUGUUUUGGAAGUGAUGGCAUAAGAAAUGUGGCUCAUGGCCCUGAUUCCGUUGCUUCUGCUGCUCGAGAGCUGGAGUUGUUUUUCCCCUCCAGUGGAGGCCGUGGACCUGCAAACACUGCAAAAUAUACACACUGUACCUGUUGCAUUAUUAAGCCUCAUGCUAUUAAAGAUGGUCUGGCUGGGAAGAUUAUAAAAGCAAUACUUGAUGCAGGAUUUGAAAUCUCAGCAUUGCAGAUGUUCUACAUGGACCGUGCAAAUGCUGAAGAGUUCUAUGCAAUUUACAAAGGUGUUGUUGCUGAAUAUUCUGAGAUGGUUGUAGAACUCUGCUCAGGACCUUGUAUAGCUCUAGAGAUUAGACAGAUGGAUCCUGAAAGAGUAUUUAGAGACUUCUGUGGGCCUUCUGAUCCUGAAAUAGCCCGUCACCUCCGUCCAUGCACACUCCGUUCAAUCUAUGGUAAAAGCAAGAUCCAGAAUGCUGUCCACUGCACAGAUCUUCCAGAAGAUGGUCUUUUGGAGGUCCAGUAUUUUUUCAAUAUCUUGGACAUCUAACAGGAGGACACAGAGUUAUGGCACAUAAACUACUUGUUAAAAACAGGCCACAAGAGAGGAGAUGUGUGUUUAUUCAUUUAUUGUCCAAUGUUUUAACCUGACUGAAAUACAAGAUCAACAAGAGCACUGUACUCCUGGCUAUUACAUAUGUUAGAACAUAGAGUUUUGCACUGUAGACAACAUUUAACACCAGUUCAUGGGGUAACUGCAUUGCUUUUCAUAAAGUUCAAAAUAAAGAUUUAUUUUCAAA